AUGAGGUCGACCUCUCUACUCAUCCUGGCUUCUCUGGUGGUCUGCCACUUGACCGUGUCCGGAGGACAGAGCAUCCCGGCCGAGGAUGAGGCGAGGCAGCGUGAGACCAUAGACGACAUCAUCCUGCAGAGGGCGGAGAGCCUCCUGUUGCGCUCCAUUCUCCAAAAGAUAGAGGACGAGCACAGCCCAGACGAGGACUCCUCGUCCCAGCCAGAGUGGGCGGCAGGGAAGCGACAGCACCCCGGCAGAAGCUACGACGAGGAGCUGGAGAAGCGGCAGCACCCGGGGCGGAGAGAGGCGGAGGAAGACGAAGACUACCCGGACGCCCAAAACACACAGCGUCUGUUCAUAGACCUCCAGAGAAGGCAGCACCCGGGAAGGCGCUCGAUGCACGACGGCCGCGUUUCCGGGGACCCCGCGCUCCUGAAUGACUUCUCCAAACGGCAGCAUCCGGGCAAGCGCUACCUGAUGCUGUACAGCAAGCGCCAGCACCCAGGUAAGCGCAACGCCGGAGACGAGGCUGAGGACAGGGACCUGCAAGAGUUGGACAAGCGCCAGCACCCGGGGAAACGCUUUUGGGAUAACUCGAGUCCAGAUUUAGGCACAAACAGCCCGUGCGAUGCGGUGGACCCUACGGGCUGCAGCAAGACCCACCUGUUGCUCAGUUUAUUAGACAACGUUACCAAGAGCCGCACGGAGGAGAAGAGACAACACCCGGGCAAAAGACUCGCACCCGAGGAGGAUUUAGUGGAGGAGAAGUAG